CCUCCCUCUUGAUUCCAGACAUUCGAUAUCAAGAAAAACAUCUUGACGAUAUCGAAGAGUUGCAGGUGUUUUUGUCUCCCAUGGCACAGGAUGUCGAUUUGCAGCAGGAAAUCCUCCGCAAAACCCUAGAUGAGGUGGCUGACACCCAGUCCAACAGUGAUGACGUCCACCUUAAUCCUUGCGUGAUCUGUCUCGAGCAGAUCACCGAGGCAGCAGCCGCGCAGCCCUGCAAGCAUGCUAGCUUCGACUUUUUAUGUCUCCUAAGCUGGCUACAGCAGCGUCCUGCUUGUCCAUUGUGCCAAGCAACUGUCACAAGCGUGAAAUAUGAGACCGAAAUCGGCUCCACCUCCGGCCAAAGAGUAUACCGCUUACCACCUCCAUCACACACUCCAACUACUACUGCAAGUCGAGAGAGUGCCUCAGGAGCACACCCUCACCCUAGGAGAUUCCCGCGUCCUCCACGCCAUCGGCCCCGGCGAGACCCUCCAACCACCCCUGCCCCAGACGACCCAGUAAUCCGCCGACGGCACAUAUACCGCCACCAACUCUACUCCCGACGGGUAGGCACCAACCGACUCUCGCAAUACCGCGAACUCACCCCUCAACAUUUUAACCAAGAUGAUCACCUCGUCUCGCGCGCGCGAAAAUGGAUCCGGCGCGAGUUACAGGUCUUCGCGUUUCUGAACCCGACCAGCGAUACAGAGUCCUCCUCCUCCUCUCCCUCCUCCACCACCGCCCCAGCAGGGGCAGGCAGACACCGCGCAGCUAACAAUGCCGAAUUCCUUCUCGAAUACAUCAUCGCAAUUCUGCGCACGGUGGAUGUCAAAGGCAGCAGCGGACAGGCGGAGGAACUAUUGCGGGAAUUCAUCGGGCGCAAAAAUGCGCGGUUGUUCCUGCAUGAGUUGCAGGCAUGGUUGCGGAGUCCGUAUAAUUCAUUGACGGAUUGGGAUCGGGCGGUGCAGUAUGAUGAUGUCGAUGAUGGUAACGAGGGGCGCUCGGCAGCGCGCAUGGACAUGGAGUCGCGCUUGGGUAGGCAUGCGGAUGCGCGUACACUGACCCGGUCUUUGUCAAACACGCCUUUUACUGUCAGGGACAGGGACAGGGGCAGAGACCGUGGACGAUCGUGGCCGCGUGGGAGGGUUUCAAAAGCGACGAGCACGGAGGAUAGGGGGCGUUUUGAUAGUGCCGCCGCUCGGGCGAGACGGAUACAGCGGGCGCGUGAUAGGUAUCAACCGGAUUAAUAGAUAUAUGUUGGGGGGUUGAUUCGAUUCGAAUUCGUUUCAGUGGAUUGCGGAGCAGCCCUUACGUACUUUUCACGGUUUUGAUAUCAGGAGCAUCUAAAACGUGACAAGUUGAGGUUAGGUACGGUGCAAGUCCCCUUUUUUAAUUUUGUCUUAUGAUUUCGAACCAGCAUAGCGCGAGGCGUAAAGGGGGUAAAGAUGUUUCAUAAAUGGGUAGGCUGCUACAUCGCACAUGUAUAUUAUGAUAGAAACUUUUUGACUCGGGUUUUUUGCUCCUUUGGCUAUAUUCAUUCCCAAGUUAAAAAAAUUGUUUUCUCUUUCAAAACUCGUUUAACUGACCACCUUGGCUCUCUGCCCUAACUUCAUACUCCACAGUUUAUAGUCUAUACAAAAAAGCAUAUAAUAUACCCGGCCCCUCUUAUGGGCCGCACUAGUAGAACUCCCCCCAACUAGUCUAAUAAUAUCUCAUCCCAUCCCAUGCAAACAAUUACCAUUGUCACGUCAUCUCCUCCUCCCAAACCGCCUCCCGCCACCCCUCGCAUGGGAGCCUUUCCCCCGAAUCUUCAGCGCGCGAUAAUUAGCAUGCGCGUCCGUUUUGGCUUUGCGUUUCUGAGUAGCUGCCGUUGCCGUCGUAGCCUGUUUCCGUUUCGCCCCAUUGGCAUUGGUAGUACUCUUAAGAACAAACUUCUGCGUCUUCGCCUCCGCCCGGCCCUUAGAGUGAGAUGGUGAUGCCGGGGCCGUAGUAUCGUCUUCGUAGUUUGAGUCCGAAUCUAGAUCAGAAUAUGGGUUGUUAUGGUUGAGUUCUGAGAUAUUGUUGUCGGCAUAAUUAUCUUUGUCAGAUGCCGAGAAUAAUCCACCACGGCGACCACGUGCUACUUCACUUUCAUUUUCAUUUUCCUUGUUCGCACCAGGAGGUUGAAGUUGAGGUUGCGGCUGGGUUUCUGAAAUAGCCGCCAGCUCAUCUUCGCUUCCUCCAUUUCCACCUUCAUUGUCACCGUCAUCAAUCACAGUAACGGGCCACUCCGGUGUUGCUUUCACCUUCGCACGGACUGGCCUCAUGAUAACCCGUCGCGUCGUUCGUUUCUGUCCUUUCUUCUUCCAUUGUCGCGUUGUUGUAUUUCCCUCUCUAUCAUCAUGGACGGGAACCUGACUAUCAUUAAUAAUAAUAUCAUCCUCUCGCGCCGCCUCCGCCUCUAUCUCUCUCAAAACAUCCAACUCCUCAUCCAGCCUCUCCUCCUGAAUAUCCCGUAACCCCUGAACGAUAGUACUUAGCCCCUUCCCGACAAGUUUCUGCGGCAUGCGAACCGCAAUGGGGCUUAGAUCGUGCAGGCUAGCCCCACUGGCCACGCGUGCAUGUUGUUGAUAGUUUGGCCUUGACGAUGACGAGAAUAAGUUCCGUCGGCGGAGGAAAGAAGGCGUAUCUGAGCCUAAUGGAUCGUUUGACGCUGAACCUCUUUUUUCAUUCACUGUGUCAUUGUUACCUGCCUGUUGAUUACUGUCGUCAUCAUGACUACUUGUUCUGCCAUCGAUGACAGUCGAAUACCGAUACGCAGGCGGCGUCGCGAAGAAGUUGGCCAGGUAGAACUUCUUAGCAGAUGACGCUGGGGUGCGUGUGUUGGCGAAGAAGUUUUCAUAAUCUUUCUCUCCAUCCUUGUCAACCCGAUUUCCCGCAUUGGCUCGGCCUCCCUUCCGCCGCGAAGGAGUCUGCAUGUCAUCCUUAUCACCCCGGUGACUAUUAAAGCCCCUUCGCUGUUUCGAGGACGGCGUCGCAGCAGUAGCACUGUCUCUACUGCGAUGGCUACCUCCAGAUGCAGAGAGGAGGUCAAAUAGACCCAGAGCCUUACCAUCACGCUGCGGCGUAGGUCCAAUGGCUGCGCGGAGGGGUAAGGGAGAUGAGGAUGAGUGGGGAUACUCGUGGGGAUUGUUAUGGUAGCUGGGGCUGAAGAGUCUACGUAAUGUCGAUGGGGAAUCGUAGGGGUCUAGUUGCGAUGGGUGGGCGUUUGCAGGAAGCGGUGUGGUUGCUGAUGUUAAUAGUUCACCCCUACAGGGUGUGGCGGGGAUUUGCUUGGGGGGUUUUCGGGGUGUUGAGCAGAAUUGUGGUGGUGGUGGCCCGCUUAUAUCUUCCUGUGUGUCUGAGGGGCGUUUGCGUUUCCUCUGCUGUGAUACUUCCUCCGCUGGAACUGGAGAGCGGGCGCUGGCCUGCGACGACUGGGCGCGUAGGCGGGAGUAGAGUUUGUAUUUGGUAGCUAAAACAUGCAUAGAUGAAGCAGCAAAUUCAGUUCGAUGGGUUAGCGGCCGGUUUAUUCUAUUUGUUUUAAUUUUCUUUUCGGUGCGAAAUAGGAGAAGAAGAAAUAAACACGGGGUUAUUGUCUUUCCGUACAAAUGGCAGUAUUAUUUUUGAUAUCAUCUCUCCCGGGUUUGCGGCCGCCAUU